AUGUAUGAAUGUUUCUUUAAUGAAUGUAUUUUGAAUCCACUUUCAGAAUCUCACGUCUCUUUUGAGUUUGCCAUGUUGUAUGAUCAACUCUACCAAUACACCAUGGCUGGUGUCAUGUUUAUAGUGUCAUUGGAUCUAUUGAAACCUCUCACCUUCAAUUCCCACCUCCAUAUUCUCUACUUCUCACUCACAAAUGGGAGGAAAGAAAUUCUCUCUUUUGUAUCACUUUUUAUGAUAGUGAUCUCGGCCUUUGCCUCCUAUAUGCACAUUACAACUGGUUAUCUCGUGCAUCAAUUUCGUAAUCCAUUUUCAGCAAUUCUAAGCAUGAUGCAGAUUGUAUUAUCUAUGAUAUCUCUCAGGAAGCAUGCAGAAAUAUCCACUCUUCAUGCUCAAAUUUCAAUAUCUGUAUUUGCUUUUAUAAUGAUCUUUAUUUUUGUAAAUUUCUUCAUCGCAAUGCUCAGUUUUUACUUUUCGGAUGGCAAGGAAAAUUUCCUAACGUCCAGUAAAUUUAUGAAAGAAUUAAACGACCAUUUAUGGUGCAGAAUUCACCAUUUGUGUAGUGAGGUUUGGAGAACAAUGACAUGUCUAUCACCGCAAUCAUCAGAUGGUAACUUUCAGGAGUUCUUCAGUCAAAUAAAACACAAAUCUAGUGAGGAGAUAUUGCAGGAAAUCGUGAACGAUAUCAGUAUAUGUAAGAACAACAUUGCAGAACUUCUAGGGGAGUUACAAAACCUUCAUCUGAGAACACCGAUGGAUGGCCUAACCACACAGUGGGCUGACAGAACUGAAUGCAGGUUCUAUAGUUUUUGGGACGAGGAACUGAAGUUCACGUUGAUAGUUCCGUCAAUUGCGGGAUACAUCAUGUCUGAUCUCGUCUGCUGUGAAUGCGACGUUAGAUUGUAUGCUGAUUGUCUUCCAUCAAACCAUCUUCCAUUGUUGUCAACGAUUUAUGAACUGCAACUGACAAAGCUGUUUUGUCUGCAGGGAAUUUACGGUCUACAAAUGCCAAUCAAUUUAUGUAAAGAAUAUCGGUAUGUUUUGUGUAGUUUCGACAACGGCAAACACUGGGAAAUCUGUGUUCCUGAGAUAGGGAAUGCAUUUCAAUGGAAAUUUGAAGCUCUUCCAUCGCAAUUUGCAGUGGUUGAAUGAUUUCAGCGGAACAAAGAUCAAUAUUUUUACCAGCUUUAUUUUCCAUGAUGACAUAUCUAAAUAUUUUUGUCAUGAUAAAUAGAAUAACAUUGUUGAAGAAUAUGCCUCUCCUGAACAUGUUUACUACCUCUCCUGAACUACCUUUGAAGGCAUUUCAGAAACUGAUAUAUCAUUGGUAGAAUUAAAAUUGGUGCAAAUUGUUUCAAACAGUGUCCAAAAAAUGGUUGUAUGAAAUAAAUCAUGACUAAAAAAAUAUCCUUUAUAUCGUUAAAAAAUACUGCA